CAGCUGUGUAGUAAGUGAGAAGGGAGGGGCUACCAGACACAGGGAAGGGAGGAGCCUUUGGGUUUAUAAGUUCCAAAAAGGUCACCCAACUCCCAGAGCCAGAUCUUCCAAAAUCUACUCUAGCAGCUCCUGUGGCUGCCACCAUUCUCAGGACCCUCGCCAUGAAAGGCCUUCUGCUGCUCACCCUGUCUGCUCUGCUCUGCUGGGUCUCAGCUGACAUUCGCUGUCACUCCUGCUACAAGGUCCCUGUGCUGGGCUGUGUGGACCGGCAGUCCUGCCGCCUGGAGCCAGGACAGCAAUGCCUGACAACACAUGCAUACCUUGGUAAGAUGUGGGUUUUCUCCAACCUGCGCUGUGGCACACCAGAAGAGCCCUGUCAGGAGGCCUUCAACCAAACCAACCACAAGCUGGGCCUGACCUAUAACACCACCUGCUGCAACAAGGACAACUGCAACAGUGCGGGCCCCCGGCCCACUCCGGCCCUGGGCCUUGUCUUCCUCACCUCCUUGGCUGGCCUUGGACUUUGGCUGCUGCACUGAGACUCACUCCAUCGGCUGCCCCUCCUCCCACCUGCCUUGGCCUGAGCCUCUCUCCCUGUGUCUCCGUAUCCCCUGGCUUUACAGAAUGGUCCCUCCCUAGCUCCCAUUUCUUUAAUUAAACAAUGUUCCAAAGUGGUCUCCUCAUCCAUCCUAUCCUUCCCACCUCACACCCUCCACUCAGCUUUUUCUGAGUCCCUUCCCAUUUCGUUCCAGAGCUUCCACUGGCUCCUAGAAGGACUCCCCACUUUGCUUCCUACACUCUACUGUCUCCUUGAGGAGAGAUUGGGAUCUGGGCCUGAAAUGGGGUUUCUGUCUUGUCCCCAAUGAAGGCUUCCGCAAGGACCUGAUGACCUCACUGUACAGGGCUGACUCCCCAAACCCAGCCUCCCAUACGUACCCCAUCCCCAUACUCACCUCUUUCCGUUUUGAGUAAUAAAUGUCUGAGUCUGA